AAUGGAGUCAAACAAACAAACAAACAAACCCUUUUUCCACUGGCUGGUAUCAUCUGGAGAAACAUGCUCCUCUGUGCUCAGCCCCGGAAACGAAACCAAACCAAGACUUUUUUUCCACAACAAAACUGACCGACAGACACAUUCAAGUGAACAACGAUUUAACGCUUAGUAUAGUGUUAAAGAGUCUUCCACAGUCACAGUCUGACACAGAAAUGCUCAUUUUAAAUCCUUAAAAACUCAAAAUCAAAAUAUUGCGGUAUUCGUGAACAAAUACAGUUUCACUUUCAUUUAUCUCACUUUAAAGUUAACACAUCACGUGACUCAAUGUUGUUGUUUCGUUUCAGCCCGUUUGUUUGAGUUUUGUUUUCCGUGGCUGUCACCACAUAUCUACACAGUCAGGUCUAAGUUUCGUUUCUCCUCAGCUGACUGAUAGAGUCAUACAAGUCAGCUGUGAGUCCUGUUCAGUCACUUCAGCAGCAUGUUUUCGUGGGGAGAGGACAGUCAGGGGGGCUUUCGGUUGAAAGACGGCCCCGAUGCAGCAGGUGAUGGAGUUCACUUCCUAAAACUCAGUUUCCACAUCACGGAUCUGUCAGCAGGUCACAGUGUUCUCGCUUUUGUCAAGAGAAAUGGAAACGCGUUCAUCAUUCGCACCAACGAGAACAACGAUGGAAGAAGAGUGAGAGGAAAACAGAAGUUUGUGAAAUGCAAAGAGAAGAUUCAGGCUGUGAGUUGUGGUGAUGAUACAGUCACACUGCUGACUGAGACAGGCAGAGUUCUGUGUGUGGACUCUGCUCACCCUCCUUUUACACCCAGGCCGCUGCAAGCGUUGUGUAACAUCCCAGUAUCUCAGGUUGCUUGUGGGAGCCAACAUUCAGUCGCCCUGACCAAAGAUGGUCAGGUGUAUACAUGGGGCCAGGACUCCAGAGGCCAGCUGGGUCUGGGAAAGAGGAAGCUCGGCGCCAAUUCACCCCAACACCUCCGAUCUCUGUCAGCGAUCCCCCUGGUCCAGAUCGCUGCAGGGGGGGAGCAGAGCUUCGCCCUCUCUGUGUCUGGAGGUGUGUUCAGCUGGGGCAGAAACAACUGUGGACAGCUCGGAGUGGGAGACACAACAGACAGACACACACCAACCCCUGUUCAUUCUCUGGACAUGAAAAAAACUAUUCACAUUUCCUGUGGAAAGGAUCACACUGCCGUUUUGACAAAGGAUGGUGUAGUGUUUACAUUUGGCUCCGGUCAGUAUGGACAGCUUGGGCACAAUUCAUUCAGUGAUGAGCUACGUCCUCGGCUUGUUGCAGAGCUCUGGGGGGCAAAGGUCAUCAAGAUUGCAUGUGGACGACAUCACACAUUAGUGAUGACAGACUCCAAGAGAGUCUACUCCUUUGGUUGUGGAGAGCAAGGGCAGCUGGGACAUGGAGAGGAGAGUCAUCCGUCUGUGCCGCUGCCUGUCCAACUGCCACAGGAUGCCGCUGAUGUUCCCCAAAUUCUGAACAUCUACGCAGGAGGAAACUGUGCGUUUGCGACAUGCUCUUCUAAUGAGCAGGAAGUUCAUGAGGAGUCAGACAGUGACAGUAUGAACAACGUAACACAGCACUGUCUUGAUGCUAUGAUUGACAAAUGGACCUCUGAACAUAAUUCAAAGUCAUGGAAAAAGAUAAAGCAGGAAAUCCAAAGGACGUUUUCCUCUGCAUCCUGUGUGAAUCAAAGCUUCCUUGAGCAAAGCAGAGAUAAACAUUUCCAAACCUCUCCAACAUACUUCGGCAUGAACUUGUCAGUUGCGCGCCGCAAUUUCAAAAAACUGGUGAAGAAAGACACUGUUUUGGCAGAGGUUGAAGCUGCUGUCAUGCACUUGCUUCCCUCUCUUGACAAGAAACCAGUGGGAGUGGAGGGGCUGAGGAUCUAUCUGCUUCUCUUUGAGCUUCUGCAUGUGAUCCAGAAACACAAACGGCAACAGAGCACAAAGCUAGCUGAGGUGGUCGCUGCUGCCGUAGUAAGACUGUCUGCUGACAGCCUCCAGGUCAUAGGGGACUGGUGGUCCUCACUGUCGCCCUCCACCAUGAUGAAAUAUGUUAAGGUGUGGAAGCAGACCCUUUCAGUGAUCCUGUCCUUUGAUCCUGUUCCACGCAACUCUGGAGUCAAAAACCUGCUACUGGUCCUCCAAUAUAUGUACAAUGCCAACAGCAGGAUUACAGAACCUCAAAGGAUUCCAGAAAGCAAUUUCUGUUUGUUGAUUGACGACGACGUUCUUCAUCAGGAUCUGUGGCUUUGGCGCUUACGGUCGCAACACAAGAAUGUGCCUGCUGAGCCACUUAUCCUUUGUAGCUUUCCAAUUGUGAUGGAUCUGCAAUCCAAGAAAAAGGUUUUUGAUGGGAAUGCCUACUAUACCAUGAUUGAAGAAAUGAAGCACAUCUUCUGUAAUUUGAUCCUGGAAUGUGGAAGGUGUCAAUUGCCUCAAGACCUUUUCUUUCAACUGAACCUGAAGCGAGCAACAGUUUUGGAAGACACAUUUAAAGAACUGGCUGCUGUUGAUCACAGUGACUACAAGAGGCCACUUAUGGUCUAUUUUGAUGAAAACUACACGAUUGAUAAUGUCAACAAAAAAGACUUUUUUCAUGACGUGUUUCAUGAGAUGGUGUCUGCUGAAUCUGAGAUGUUCAUGUUCAAUGACUCCGAAACGCUGGCAUGGUUCCCCUCAAAAGCAACACAGGACGAGGAGAGAUACUUCCUGUUUGGAGUUCUGUGUGGAUUGGCCUUGUUCAACCAUUGCAUCAUAUAUUUACCGUUCCCACUGGCUCUGUUCAAGAAGCUGCUCGGUGUAAAGCCUUCACUUGAGGAUAUGAUAGAAUUCAGCCCAUGUAAUGGAAAGACUCUACAGUACAUCCUGGAAGAAGAUGACAUCGAAAACCUGGACAUGUAUUUCUCAAUCAACUGGGAUGAGACAGAGGUUGACCUUGAUCCUGACAAUCCUGAAAAGCCGGUGACAAGUCAAAAUAAGAAGGAGUUUGUGGAUGCCUACGUGAAUCAUGCCUUCAACACGUCAGUGACGAGGGUGUUCCAGGAGUUCAAGCGAGGCUUCUUCCAGGUGUGUGAGCGGGAUUUGGUGAAGCUGUUCCGUCCAAAGGAGCUACAGGAAGUUCUUGUGGGAAAAGACUUCACUGACUGGGAAAAGCUGAAACAGAACACAAGUUAUGAGGGGGCUUACGAUGACGGACACCCCACCAUAAAGAUGUUUUGGGAGGUUUUUGAUGAACUAACUGAGGAUCAGAAGACAGCUUUCCUCUGGUUUGUGACAGGUUUUGAGAGGGUUCCUAUUCUUGGCAUGGAUACGAUCAAGAUGACAGUUCGAGAUAAACAAGUUAAAGACCUCUCCUAUGACCUGUACUACCCUGAGACACACACGUGUUUCUCGACCCUGGAGUUGCCCAUAUACUCCAGCAAGGAGAUCAUGCGAGACAGGUUAACAGAGGCCCUGAGCAACAAGAGAAACAUCCACAAGUGAUGGUGGGACUGCACCCCGACCAUGCACUGUAUCUGUGCUGAUUUUCAGCUGGGAUUCCCAACAGAGGACUAAAAAUUGUUAUCAAGCACUUUGUAAAUGGAUAAUUCUGCUAGUGCAAUAGCAGAUUUGAAGGGUUUAAAACUGUAUGUGAUGGUGAUUUGUGUGGAUGGUGUAUAUCUGAGGCUCAUGCCUCAUGGGGAAAAUACUGAUGAAAAUAUAUUGUACAUAUGUAUUUUACAGAGAUGUCUUUAAGUAUGUAUAAGUAAGUGUUGCAUCUCCUCAGGGAAUAAAGAGUGGGAUAAAUUAUGAUUAUUAUUAUUAAUUAUUUAUUUUUAUUGUUAUUUUGGGCUUAACUGAACAAAUAAUGUUAAACACAAUGAUACAAAAGCAACAAUUUUUGCUGCAACUUGAAGAGCUGUCCACUCUUCUGUCUUGUUUCUGCAGAUUGUCGGCGUGAAAUUUGUUAUGAGAUAUAUCUAGAAAGGAUUAGCUUCUUUAGUUACAAUAAUGAUCAGGAUGUAGAGAUGUCUUCCUGCAGAUACAGAGUGGAUUUAAACACUAUUUGUGAUGGAGUAUAAACUUGUAUAUAAAACCAAUAUAUAAAAACACCCCCUGCCCUUACUGUUGAUGAGUGGAUUAUUUAGGUUGGGUGUACCAUGCAGCAGCAUUUGAAAAAUUGUAAUUGUGAAAUGGGGGUCAUGGUUCUUGUGUCAAAUGCCAAUAAUCAGAAUCAUUGAUUAAUGGGAGUCAGUAUGAUCCACUCUUUUUGAAGGUCCUUUAAAAAAAAAUCUUGCACUUUAUUCAUCAUUUUCAGUGUUUUUCAUACUACAGAAAGUAAUUAAUUUGCUAUCUUUCUUUUUUUCUUUUCUGUGUACGGUUAUGUUGCAAUUUUACAUUACUUUGUUAAAUUAAUGAAAUUAUAGAUGUACACUCUUGUGGAGGACAAUAAAAAUAAUAAAUGUCAAACAAGUGA